UACCUCCAUGGCCGCCACCUCCGGCACCCCUUCACGGGGCAGCUCCUGCCCGUCGUCACCGACCCCACCGUGGAGCCUGCCCGUGGCACCGGGGCGGUGAAGGUAACGCCGGGACACAGCUCCCCUGACCUGGCACUGGCCCGGGCCCACGGGCUGCCCCUGGUCUCCGUCAUUGGGGACGAUGGCACCAUGUGUCCCCCAGGUGGGGGGUGGCUCCAGGGCAUCCAUCGCUUCGUGGCACGGGAGAAGGUGGUGGCUGCGCUGGCCGAGCGAGGGCUGUACCGCGGCACCCAGGACCACGCCAUGACACUGCCCAUGUGCAGCCGCUCGGGGGACGUCAUCGAGUACCUGCUGAAGAGUCAGUGGUUCCUGCGGUGCCGAGAGAUGGCAGAGCGUGCCCGAGAGGCAGUGACAUCGGGGCGUCUCCAACUCGUCCCCAAAUUUCACGAGAAGAACUGGAAGAUGUGGAUGGACAACAUUGGGGACUGGUGCCUCUCACGCCAGCUGUGGUGGGGGCACCGGGUGCCGGCGUACCGGGUGGGGGUUCCCUUGGCGGGGUCCCCUCCCGAGCACCCCGAUGGACUCUGGGUAGUGGGGCGCAGCGAGGCCGAGGCGCGUGCUUCUGCUGCCCGCACCCUCCGCUGCCCCCCCGAAGAGCUCCAGCUCCAGCAAGACCCCGAUGUCCUGGACACGUGGUUUUCUUCUGCGCUCUUUCCCUUCGCCGCGCUGGGCUGGCCCGAAGAGACCCCCGACCUGCAGCGUUUCUACCCCACAAACUUGCUGGAGACGGGAAGCGACCUCCUUUUCUUCUGGGUGGCACGUAUGGUCAUGCUGGGCCAGCAGCUCACCGGGCGCCUGCCCUUCUCCCAGGUCCUUCUGCACUCGCUGGUGCGCGAUACCCACGGGCGCAAGAUGAGCAAAUCCCUGGGCAACGUCAUUGACCCCUGCGACAUCAUUGCCGGUGCCUCUCUCCAGGAGCUGCAGGAGAGGCUCCACCACAGGCUCCUGGACCCCCACGAGCUCACGGUGGCCACAGAGGGCCAGAGGCGCCAGUUCCCCCACGGCAUCCCCGAAUGCGGCACUGAUGCCCUCCGCAUGGCCCUGUGCUCCCACAAUGUCCAUGGUGACGAUAUCCGCCUGGACGUGGGCACGGCCCUGAGCUACCGUCACUUCUGCAACAAGAUCUGGAACGCUGUCAAGUUUGUCCUUGCCGCCUUAGGGCCCAACUUUGUCCCCCAACCCCCCGAAGAGAUGGUGCCACAGCACCCCAUGGACCAGUGGGUGCUGAGCCGGCUGGUGCAGGCGGUGGCUGAGUGCGGGCGGCGGAUGGAGGCCCUGGAGGUCCACGGUGCCAUUGCCGCUGUCCAUCACUUCUGGCUGCGUAGCUUCUGUGACGUCUACCUGGAGACGGCCAAACCGACUCUACGGGAUCCGGCAACCGCCGCCGAGACGCGCCGGACCCUGCUGAGCUGUGCCGAGCUGGGGCUGCGCCUCCUUGCCCCUUUCGCCCCCUUCCUCAGCGAGGAGCUCUGGCAGCGCCUGCCCCGCGCUCCCCCCGCGCCCCCCACCCUCUGCCUCGCCCCCUUCCCUGACGCUGCCCGCCUGGCUCAUUGGUGCUGCCCCAGGGUGGAGGCCCAGGUGGCGGCCAUGCAGGAGGUGGUGAGGACGGCGCGAGGCCUGCGGGACGUUUUCUGCCUGGGUGCUGCCCGGCCCCCCGUGGCGGUGCGGUGCGUGGCGGAGGCGCAGGAUUCGUUGGCAGCGCUGGGCCCCGCCCUCCAGGCCCUGGCGCAGGUGGGGCCUCUGCAGCUCCUCCCCCAGGGGGCGGAGCCAGAGCUGGGCCCCGGCUGGGUGGGGGCCCCCGUGGGCCCCGACACCCACGUCUACCUCUGCCUGCGGGGGCUGGUGGAGCCGGCGGCCACCCAGGCCCAGCUCCGUGCCCGCAGCCGCGGCCUCCAGCGUCGCCUCGAGACCCUCGGGGGGACCCAGGGGGCCACGGAGAGCCCCCCCCACCCCGGCACCCAACAGCAGCUUGCCCGCCUGGCCCAAGCGCUGGAGGCCCUGGACCCCCCCAGCCCCCCCGAGGACCCAGGGUCCCUGCCCAUGGCCGAGGGGUGCUCCCACGCCGUUCCCCCUCAUCCCCUCCCUGGGGAGGUGACAGCCACCCCCGGGGACAUCACCAUGGACCCUGAACCCGCAUGGGGACAGGCUGGAGGCGUCCCCCAGGGAGAGAGUGACACCGGUGUCCCCAUGGACACCGUCACCCCUUGGGCCAGCGGCAUCACCAUCACUGUCACAGCAGCCCCGGUGGAUGAGGACGCCGGGGAUUUUGGGGACGAGGACAUCCCAGGCUUCGGGGAUGAGGACAUCGGGGACAAGGACAUCUCGGUCACAAGUGACGCAGGGCACGGGGCUGCCCCAGUCCUGUGUGACAAGGAUGUAGAGGACAGGGAUGUCACAACCCCAAAGGACAUUGGGGACAGGGAUGUUCCAGCCUCUGGGGACAAGAAUGACAGUGACAAGGAUGUCACAGCUCUAAGGGACAUUGGGGACAGGGAUGUCAUGACCUCAAGGGACAUUGGAGACCGGGAUGGUCCAGCUCGUCUGGACAAGGAUACUGGGGACAAGGAUGUCCCAGCUCCUCGGGACAGGGAUGUUGCCACCCUGAGGGACAUUGGGGACAGGGAUGUCCCAGCUCCUUGGGACAGGGAUGUCACCACACCAAGGGAUGUUGGGGACAGGGAUGUCCAAACCCUAAGGGACAAGGAUGUUGGGGACGCGCAGGUCUCAGUCCUAAGGGACAAUGGGGACAAGGACGUUGCGGACAUGCAGGUCUCAGUCCUAAGGGACACUGGGGACAAGGACAUUGGGGACGCGCAGGUCUCAGUCCUAAGGGACACUGGGGACAAGGUUGUCCCAGCUCCAAAGGACUUUGGGGACAGCAGUGUCCCAGUCCUAGGGGACAUCUGGGUCAAGGAUUUGGGGGACACGCAGGUCUCAGUCCUAAGGGACAUUGGGGACAAGGACGUUGGGGACGCGCAGGUGUCAGUGCUAAGGGACACUGGGGACAAGGUUGUCCCAGCUCCAAAGGACUUUGGGGACAGCAGUGUCCCAGUCCUAGGGGACAUCUGGGUCAAGGAUUUGGGGGACACGCAGGUCUCAGCCCUGAGGGAUGUUGGGGACCUUGGGGACAGGGAUGUCACCGCCCCAAGAGAUGUUGGGGACGGGGAUGUCCCAGGCCCUGGAGACGCUGAGGAUGAGGACAUCGGCGAUCUCCCAGCCCUGAGGGACAUUGGGGACAUAGAUGUCCCAGUCUUAAGGGACAAUGGGGACAUUCCCGUCUCUGAGGACAAGGACACUGGGGACAGGGAUGUCCCAGCUCCUGGGGACAAGGAUGUCACCACCCUAAAGGGCACGGGGGACAGGGAUGUCCCAGCCCACCUGGUUGAGGAUGUUGGGGACAGGGAGGUCACAGUCCCAGGGGACACUGGGGACAUCCCAGUCUCUGGGGAGGAGGACAAGGACACUGGGGACAGGGAUGUCACUGUCCCAAGGGAUGUUGAGGACAUUGGAGGUAAGGACUUUGGGGACAGGGACAUUGAGGAUGAGGACGCUGGGGACAGGGCCAUUGGGGACAUGGAUGUCACAGCCCUGAGGGAUGUUGGGGACAAGGACAGAGAUGUUGCAGCCCUGGCUGACACGGGGGAUGGGGACACUGGGGACACCUGUGCUGCUGGUGGCAUCACCAUCACGGUGACGGCCCCCCCCAUGGAGGACGAGGACAUCCCCAGUGGGGACGAGGACGUUCCCAGCGAUGACAUCGCCACUGAUGUCACUGCUGCACUCCCUGGGGAGCAGGUCCCUUGUGACGUCGUGGAGAGCAGUGAUGUCACAGCCGCCCACCCCAGUGAUGCCACUGCAGGGCGUGACAUCCCCUCCACUCUCCCUGGGGACGUCCCUGCUGGUGAUGUCAUCAAGGAUGACAUUGUUUCCUCCCUCCCUGGUGAUAUCAUGGCUGAGAGUGAUGUCACUUCCUCGAUGCCUGGGGAUGACAUCAUUGUAGACCUCAUCAACAGAGAUGACAUCACUUCCUUUCUCCCCGAGGAAGCCCUCACUGGUGAUGUCAUCACCAAAACCGACAUAAUUUCCUCCCUUCCUGGGGAUGACAUUGCUGGUGGCGUCAUCCCUGGGAAUGACCUCACUGGUGACAUCAUAGCUGGGGGCAUCUUUGCUGAUGAAAUAAUCACCAGGCAUGAUGUCACUUCCUCCCUUCCUGGGAAUGAGCUUGUUGGUGAUGUCAUGCCCAGAAAUGACUUCACUGAUGACAUCAUCACCAGGGAUGACAUUCCUUCUUCCCUCUCUAGGGAUAUCUGCGCUGAUGAUGUCAUUGCUGGCCACGAUCUUAUUCCCUACCUUCCUGGGGAUGACCUUGCUGUUGACAUCAUUCCUGGAGACGACCUCACUAAUGACAUCAUCGCAGGGGAAGACAUCAUGUUUUCUGUACCUGGGGAUAUCCCUGCUGAUGACAUCAUUGCCACGGAUGAUGUCACUUCCUCCCUGCUGGGAGAUGUUGCUGGCCAAGAAGUCAAACCUGCUAGUGACAUCAUCUGUGCGAACGAUGGUGACGCAUCGGCUUGGAAUGACUUCACUGAUGAUGUCAUGCCUGAGGAUGACAUCACUUCUUUCAUCCCUGGUGGUAUUGCUAGACGUGGCAUCAUUCCCCAUGGUGACAUCAGAGAUGAUGUCACACGGGGAUCUGACCUUGGUGACAUCGUCGAGGGUGAUGUCACUGCCUCCCUCCUGGGUGCCCUCUCUGGCCGUGAUGUCAGCCCUGAGGAUGACAUCAUGGGUGACAUCAGCCCCGGGGAGGAGCAACUGCUCCCCAGCCUUAAAGACCCCAUCCGCCCGGGCGAUGACCUCACCGAUGACAUCACCACUGACGUGCCCAGAGAGGGUGUUGGCAGCCGAGGUGACGCCACAGGUGCCACCAUGGGGGGUGGCCAUCAGGGCUUGGCCACACACACCGGGGGCCGUGGGGAAGGGGGGGGACAGGAGGUCCAGUCCGACGUCCCCACGGACCAGGGAUGUGGCCCCAAGGACUGGGGACACGUCCCCAAGGACCAGGGGGACGUCCCCAAGGACCAGGGACAUGGCGCCAAGGACUGGGGGAACGUCGCCAAGGACCAGGGGGACGUCCCCAAGGACCAGGGACAUGGCCCCAGGGACUGGGGACACGUCCCCAAGGACCAGGGAGGUGGCCCCAUGGACCAGCUCAACAUCCCCAAGGACCAAGGACAUGUCCCCAAGAGCCAGAGACACGUCCCCAUGGAGUUGGGACACAUCCCCAAGGACCAGAGACAUCACCCCAAGGACCGGGGACACGUCCCCAAGGACCAGAGAUGCGUCCCCAAGGAGUUGAGACACGUCCCCAGGGACCAGAGACACGUCCCCAAGGACCAUCCCAAUAUCCCCUGGGACAGGGGACGCGUCCCCAGGGACGUCCCCUGCACCAGGGGUGGCUGA